GCUCUAGCUAGUUUAUAUACUAAAUGAAUUCUCGGGAUAUGAAUAACGUCGUCACGUCAUCGGGAGCCCCCUUGCCUGUUGGUGUACACUAUCCAGAGGCUCCUCAUCAACAACAACAGCAUGGUGGUCAUCAUAGUCAUGGCGGCAGUAAACACACUACUGCAUCGGGGAACACUACGGCCCUCACACCGACCUCGUCAACCAACAGUCGUGGAGAUAUGUCUGUCGCUCCUGGAGUUCGAAAACAGUUUCUACGGACAAAACUGUGUAAACAUUUCCUACGUGGUUGCUGUCUUUAUGGGGAUAAAUGCACAUACGCCCACGACUAUAGUCAGAUCCAAGUCAGACCGGACCUGCGGAAAACCAGAAUGUGCCAGGCCAAUUUGGAGGGGAGAUGUCCCUAUAGAGCAGAGGACUGCCAAUUCGCUCAUUCCACAGAAGAUCUCAAGGCUACGCCUGGUCUCUUUAAAACUGUCUUGUGCAGUUGGUGGCAAAAAGGCAAAUGCGAUAUGGGGGAUAAGUGUCGCUUCGCUCACGGUGAGGAGGAGCUACAACGUCCGAGUGCUCCCUCUGGUCCAGAAAAUAUCUCAAUCACGCCUGGCAGUACGCCUUUGCAGAGUCCAUCGUUGGUAGAGGAAAAAGAAGUGUCCUCCCGCUCGGCGACUCCUCCAGGGCUAGACAAUGUAACCUCCGUAUCUGUGAUGCAGCGACCGCGUACUUCUGAUACCAACAAUCGAUCUGUUCCUCAAGGGCUUCAGCGAAAUGUUUUCACGCCUCCUCCCGAAAUCGCCAUAAGCCCGGCUGAGGUCCUGAAGUACCAACAGAAUCAAUUCGCCUCGGUCCUCUCUGGUUCGUUGGCAGCAGCAGCUCAGGCAGCAGCGAUGCAGCAGAGGCCGACACAGGAUCCUACGGCAUAUGCUGCUCAACAGCAACAGCAAUGGGCUAUUGCAGCUGCAGCCGCUACUGCUGCUACUGCCGCUGUUGCGUCCAUCGCGGGCGCUUUCGAACCUACGCCGGCUCAGCUGCAGAACCUGAGUUUGAUAGCUGCAAGGUCGCUACAUCAACAGGCUGCAAUGCAGCAGAUGUAG